CUGAGGUCUCGCGGUAGUUCUUGAGACCUGAAUUCAAACAGUGGCGGUUUGACAAACUACUGAUCAGUGCGAAGAUGGGAGCAGAAGAGGAGAUUGAGCGGCUAAGGAGCCAGCUGAGGGAGAAAGAGGAGCAGGUGCAUCAGGCUGCCCAGGCUGGCCUGAAUCUCCUCAAUCAGCAGAUGGAGCUUCAGAACAGACUGGAUGAACAGAGAGUUGAGAUGACCAAUGCACUUGAGGCUCUCGAGCAAGACAAAUACUCCUUGCAGAAGGACGUGGAGCUAAAGAGUCGGAUGCUGGAGUCCCUGCAGUCAGACUAUGACUGUAUGAAGAACCAGCAGAGACAGCAGCUUCAGGAGCAACAAGAACAUUUGGAGAGGAGCCACAACACAGCUCUCAAUGAGCUCAACAACAAGAUGCUGAGACUGCAGUCGGCUCUGGAGGAAUCUCAGCUGAGUGAGAAGCAGCUAAAGCACAAACUGGAGGUGCAGACUGAGACUCUGAAUAAUAAGAUGGAGGAGCUACGAGCUCUGAACGAGCACACACAGAGCUCCAUGACGUCUGAGAUGAUGGAAGUGCAGAUGAAGAUCAUGGAGCUGGAGAAUAUUAAAGUGGAGUUGGAGCAGAUUCUGCAGGAGUCUCAAUACAGAGAGCAGCAGCUGGAGCUCAGUAACAGCAGCCUGCAGAGACAGCUGGAGCGAAUCACAGAGGAGAAAGAAGAGAGGGAGAAAGAGUCUGUUUCUUUGUUCAAUGCUUUAGAGAAAUCUCGUGAGAUUAACAGGGACCUCCAGAUCCAGCUGGACCAGGUUCUGCAGCAGGCCCAGGAUCCCAACAGCAAAGGGAACUCCUUGUUUGCUGAGCUGGAGGAUAAACGAGCCGACAUGGAGAGACAGCUGAUCAGUAUGAAGGUUCAGUAUCAGUCUCUGCAGAAACAGUACACCUUCAGCAAGCAGCAGCUGCAGCGUAUGAAGGUCCAGAUUGCCACUCUGAUGCAGCUGCAAGGCUCCAGGGCUGACCCAGCACAGUUGGAGAGACUCCAGUCGAUGCUGUCAGAGAAAAACGGAGAGAUCCAAAAUCUGAUGACUAAACUGCAGAGACUGGAGAAGGUGGAGAUGAUGUUAAAGUCUCAACCAGCUAAUCCAGCUCAAGCAGAGAGCAGUGAAGGCCAAGAUGAAACAUACUACACUGACCUGCUCAAAAUGAAGCUCAGCAACACAGUUAAGGAUGCAGAGCGUCUUGGAGAUGAACUCUCCCUGCAGAGGAUGAAAUCUUUGUCAGAGAGCCAGAGAGCUUUGGAGCUGGAGAGGAAACUUUUCUCAUCUGAGCGGCUGCUCAAACAGGCUCAGAGCGACAAGAUCAAACUGCAGCUGCGAGUAGAGGAGCUGCAACACAAAUAUGAACCCAAAGACUCAAAGAAGAAUGUGAUUCAGAAGAGAAAGAAAGAGAAGCUACCUGUUGAUGUAACUCCCUCUUCCGAAGAAACCACAGUUGAUAAGGCAGAGCAGGUUGUUUCUGUGGAGAUAGACCUCACAAACACAAAGACUGCGGACUCUAAAGUGGACACUUCUACAGCAGAGGCUCUGAACUCCAAGCGAGAUGUGAACGCUGAAGUCUCAGACAUUGAGCCGCGGCCUGCAAAGUGUGUGAAAAUCAGCGGAGAAGAGCCUAUUGUGAUUCCCAACCCCAGCUCUCCUGUGACUGUGGGUAAAGAGAGAGAAAUGGAGGAGAACCAGCAGCAGAACAAGAGAGAGGAGAGAAGGAAGAAAAAAACGGUGGAGAUGAUCCAUGUUAACUCUAACAGUAGCAUGGAGAACCAGUGUGCUCAGCAGUAGGACUCAUCUGAAAAUGGCCUGGUUCGAAUUCUACAUGGAUGCACAAUGUACAUAAAUAUAUAUGUUUGUGAGUGAUUGUAUGUUGCUAUAAACUCUGAUAUUCUUAUAAAUAGCCUGUUUCUCUUUGAUGAGAAAAUGUCUUUGUACCAGCUACUUUACUUUUUCCCUACUACUGUUUUACUCCCACGAUUAAAUGUCAUCAUAUUAAAAAAGU